GAGAGCACCCAGGUGGGCAUUCGCAACUUAUUACGAAUGCACGUUCUCUUCUCACUGAUUGGCGCGCGCCUGCACUUCCUUCCUUCCUUCACAAGCCCCCUAGCAACCAUCACCGUUGAGACGGAGGGAGACGCGCCCCGCGGAUUGGCUGCGCGGAGCCUCUCUGCCGCGUGGACUGGCUGCGGCGCGGCUAGGGCCAGGCCUUCGCAGUCGCUGCCGGAGAACCGACUGCCCUAGACCCGAGGCUGGACAGAGCCUGUGGAGACCCGCAGCACGGAAGAGCGACAAAAUGAUCAGCCAGAGAACCAGCCAAUGCCUGCGAGUCAGCGUGCAGUCGGAGCUUGAACAGCGCUCCGAACUGCGGCGGGAAUCGGGGAAGGUCAGCUCUGCGUGUGGGUCGGCCACACGGACCGGAACAAGUGUGCGGACUGAGUUGGCAACGGCGGCCCACGCCUCCGGGGAAGUGGAUGAAGAUCCUGGAGCCAACCUGUUCCCGCCGCCGCUGCCCCGACCCCGGAUCUGCAUGUGGAAGUACCUGGACAUCCAUUCCAUGCACCGGCUGGAGAAGACAGCCAACAUUGAGGAGAUGAGGGAGGUGCUGGCUGAGCUGUUAGAGCUAGGCUGUCCUGAGCAGAGCCUACGGGAUGCUAUCACCCUGGACCUCUUCUCCCAUGCACUCAUCUUCUGCCGCCAGCAGUGCUUCUCACUGGAGCAGACAUCAACGGCUUGUGCCCUGCUCCAAGAUCUUCACAAGGCCUGUGUUGCAACCCCCUUGGGCAACGUGGAGGAAUGCUACCGCUACUUUACCAGUGUUCUUUUUUGCCAUGGAGUCAGGCGGCCCCCCUUCAGCAUUGACCUCUUUAAGGAGGAACAGCUGCUGAACCUGGCAGACUAUGUGGUCAACACCUACUUCCGCCACUUCAAGCUCUACAAAUAUGUCUUCACACCCCAGGUGCGGCUGGAUCUAUCUUUGACUUACAUGGGGCUACAGCCACCCAAGCUCUGGCCAGAGGACAAAGGAGAAAGCAAGGAGGUAAAGGAGCAGGCAGUCACCCCACAGGAAGAGGAACUGGAGACAGUGGCCCAGCCAGAGCAAGAGCCAAGCCAGAUCCACAUCCUCCAAACCUAUAUCAAGACCCAGCUGAACAAGGAGCUGGGGCAGCUCCAACAGCUGGUAGAGGAGAGGCUCAAGGCCAGCGAGGAAAGACUCAGCAGCAAGUUGACCACACUAGAGCGGCCCUUCCAGCCACCUCUGGCCAAAGGCAAGAACAAGACUAAGUGAUCCUCAGCAUUUUCCCCAAUAAAGGCCUGGGCCAGAGUGGCCCCAUC